CAUUUUAUGCGUGUUUUAGUCAACUUCAUUUCUGCUAAAUCACGAAAUUCCCAUUGUUCUUUCCUGUUUAAAUAAGAGAAGCUUCCAAUUCGAGCAUUUUGCAGCUAAAUGAUUAUGACACAAUGAACCCGCAAUUCCCUGGAAACCAAGGCCAUAUGCCGCCCACAGGGUAUGGUGCCCCUCCCAUGGGUGGACAAAGACCUCCAAUUGCUGGUCAACCAAUGUACAAUGGCACAGGUCAACAGGGCCCACCACCCAGUGGUUUCCCCAGUGGGCCCCCAAAACCUAACAAUGCUUUGGGUCCAGGACAGAGCCAGUUUAGACCUAUGACUAAUGGACCACAGCCUGGUGGUUUUCCAGGAGGGGGUCCACAAGGGGACAACAUCAACUAUGGAGCACAACGAGCACCAGGUCCACCUAUGGCAGGAAAACCAUCGCAAGGGCCACCACAACAUGUUCCAAACUCCACAGGACCCCCCAACUCCAUGAUGGGUUCAGGGGCAUCAUCCAACAUGAUGGGACAGCCACCCAACUCAAUGAUGGGACAUAAUGCCCCACCCAACAUGAUGGGUUCUGGACCCAGACCUCCUAACCCCACAGGAGGCACUCAAAAUAUGAUGGGCCCUGGAGCAACACCACAAGGGGGACAGUUCCGGCCUCCUCCCCCAGGACAAGGGCAGUUUGCUGGAGGUCCACCCCCAAAUGCUACACAGCAGAUGACUAGUCAAAUGGGUGGUAUGUCGGUUUCAGAUCAGCCUAGACCAAUGGAAAUGUCAGGAAGUCGUGGCAUUCCUCCACAAUCAGUUGGCAGUGCUAUGGGAAAUGCCCCACCCACUAAUUAUGGACAUUUUACACAGGGUGGUCCUCCUUCCGGACCACCUAUGGGAUAUGGUUCAGGAGCUCAGUCCAAACCACAGACGUCUACUCCUGCUGGUUUCCCACACGCACCAGGCCCAACAACUUCAGCACCAGGUGGAGGAUUUCCUAACCAGGGUCCUCCUUCUUCUAUGUCUGGAGGAUUUCCUAACCAAGGUCCUCCUUCUUCUAUGUCUGGAGGAUUUCCCAACCAGGGUCCCCCGUCUUCUAUGCCUGGAGGAUUUUCAAAUCAAGGUCCCCCUACCUCAAUGCCUGGAGGAUUCCCAAAUCAGGGUCCACCUUCUUCUAUGCCUGGAGGAUUUCCCAAUCAGGGUCCUCCUACAUCAAUGCCUGGAGGAUUUCCAAACCAAGGACCUCCUACCUCUUUGCCUGGAGGACAUCCUCCUGGUCCCCCUUCUAGUCAAUAUGGAGGCAUGCCCCCCAUGCCAUCCCAGCAAACGCCUCCAUCAUCUGCUGGCCCUAUACCCCAGCCAGGCCCCCCAGGAAGGGGCCAGCAGUAUAUGGGUGGGACCAUGCCAGGAACAACCUUCCCUCCUCAGACGGGGUUCCCAGGUUCAGGGGGACAACAUAUGCCAGCACCAGGUGGAAUUCAACAACCUGCUCCCAGAAAACUUGACCCCGACCAGAUGCCUAGCCCAAUACAGGUGAUUGAGGAUGAUGAAGCCAACAAAGGGGGAAUGUUUGCCACACUUGAGAAAGGUGUUGUACCUCCAUUAGUGACCACACAAUUUACCGUCCAAGACCAAGGUAAUUGUAAUCCAAGAUUCAUGAGGUCGACCACAUAUACCAUACCAUGUACUGCAGACCUCCUCAAGACGAGCCACAUACCAUUAGCUCUAUCAAUAUCUCCAUUUGCUAAACUCAAUGCUGGAGAGAAUCAACCCCCAAUAGUUAAUUUGGGAGAAGUUGGUCCAGUGCGAUGUAAGAGAUGUAAAGCCUACAUGAAUCCAUUCAUGAUGUUUAUUGAUGGUGGCAGGAGAUUCCAGUGUGUGUUCUGUGGAGCACAAACAGAUGUGCCACCGGAGUACUUCCAACACCUUGAUCAUACGGGUAGAAGAGUGGAUGCAUAUGACAGACCAGAACUUUGUCUUGGCUCCUAUGAAUUCGUUGCUACUAAAGACUAUUGCAAAAAUGGCACCUUACCCAAUGCACCUGCUUUUAUCUUCAUGAUUGAUGUAUCCUACAACAGUGUAAAAAGCGGUCUUGUACAUCUGCUUUGUAAAACUCUUAAAGAGGAAAUUCUUGUCAACUUACCAAAGGAAGUUGGUGCAGAGGAAUCUGAAAUACGUGUUGGAUUUGUUACAUAUGCUAAAGAAAUUCACUUUUAUAAUGUCAAGGGAAGUCUUGCCCAGCCACAAAUGUUGGUUGUAUCAGAUUUAGAUGAUGUUUUUGUGCCAUUGUUAGAUGGCUUCCUGGUUAAGCUGUCUGAAUCAGAGGCUGUAAUUGACAGUUUGCUUGCCCAGAUCCCUGUAAUGUUUGCUGAAUCAAGGGAGACGGAGACCGUGCUUGGUCCCGUCAUACAAGCAGGCUUGGAUGCCCUUAAAUCUGCUGACCGCAGUGGCAAACUCUACAUAUUUCACUCAUCAUUGCCUAUAGCUGAAGCACCAGGCAAACUUAAAAACAGAGAUGACAGGAAACUACUUGGAACAGACAAAGAAAAGACAAUCCUUACACCACAGAACAACUUCUACACCAAGCUCGGCCAGGAAUGUGUAGUAGCUGGCUGCAGUGUGGACAUUUUCCUGUUCCCAAAUGCUUAUAUUGAUGUAGCUUCCAUCAGUGAUGUGUGUCGUUUGACUGGGGGCAAUAUGUAUAAGUACAGUUACUUCCAGUCUGAUAACGAAAAAGCUGACCUGGAUGGUUCACGAUUUAUGGAAGACUUGAGGAUGAAUGUAGAGAGCCAGUUUUCAUUUGAUGCUAUUCUUCGUGUGAGAACAAGCACAGGUAUACGUCCUGUUGACUUCUUUGGCAAUUUCUACAUGGCCAACACAACAGAUGUGGAGUUGGCAGCCAUGAGUCAGAGCCAGGCUAUCGCUGUGGAAAUCAAGCAUGAUGAUAAACUCAAUGAGGGAGAUGGUGCUUUUGUACAGAUAGCAGUGUUGUUUACAAGUGUCAGUGGUCAAAGGCGACUGAGGAUACACAACCUUUCCUUCAACUGCUGCACACAGAUGGCUGAACUCUUCCGCAGCUGUGAACUUGAUACACUCAUCAACUUCAUGUCAAAACAAGCAAUACGAGAGACACUUAAUUCCAACCCACGCCAGGUGCGUGAUAAUGUGAUGAACCAGGUUUCCCAGAUACUAGCAUGUUACAGAAAGAGCUGUGCUAGUCCCUCAUCUGCAGGCCAGUUAAUACUACCUGAGUGUAUGAAACUUUUACCCCUCUACUCCAACUGCAUCAUCAAAAGUGAUGGAUUACAAGGAGGGUCAGAAAUAUCAACUGAUGACCGAAGUUACCUGAUGCACCUUGUAAGUGCAAUGGAUGUUAAGUCAUCACAUGUGUUCUUUUAUCCACGACUGAUGCCUUUGCAUAAUUUGGAUAAAGCCCCCAAGAUGCCACGGUCCAUUCGGUGUUCAGCUGAGCGUCUCCAGGAUAAUGGAGUUUAUCUUUUAGAGAAUGGUAUUUCCAUGUUUAUGUGGAUAGGACACAAUGUUGAUCCUCAGUGGAUACAAGAUAUAUUUGGUGUACAAAGUGCUGCGCAAGUGGAUAUAGAUAAGUGUAAAUUACUGGCACUUGACAAUCCUUUGUCUCAACGAGUGAACGAGGUAAUCCAACAGGUCAGACAAGAAAGGAACAGAUAUAUGAAGUUAACAAUUGUGAGACAACGUGACAAGCUGGAACCGUGGUUCAAUCAUUUCUUGGUGGAGGACAAAGGACUAAAUAACUCUGCCUCCUAUGUAGACUAUCUUUGUCACAUACAUAAAGAAAUUCGAAACUUACUUAGUUAAUGCAGCAAUUCUCAUAUAACAGGGACAAGGACAUAAUUCAUCGGACGGAAACAAUCGGGAACGGUUGUGAUCUAAACCGAAAUGUUUCUCCUGGAGGAAAAGUAAGAUGUUUGAUAUCUGGUGUGGGUAAAAGUGUGGCAAAACGAAGGACUUUUUCUGUGGUCCUUGACAAAAAUUAACAGAUUACCAGUAUGACUAUAAACUACUUCUGGUAGAAGGUGCAGCUCUGAGUCACUAACCAAAGUUUGAACCUUGCAUAAACUGUUACUGUUCUACAGUAUAUAGACAAAACAUGGGACUCUUCAAAAUUGAAUUGUCCAACAAGACAGCAAAGAGACCAUCAGAGCUGACAUGAUCUGUUUAUUAGAUUUCUUACAAGGAAAGACCCAUGUGGAUAUUCAAAAGGCUAUCAUUGUUUACGGCUCCUGGUUGAGUUGAAGUUUACUUGCUAUGCCUUAUCUCUUUGAUCCUGACCAAAUUUGAUUAAAAGUCGGGUCAUGCUUGUUGACAUAAUAUAGUAUGGCUUAAAAAUAAUGAGAUUGAGGUGGCCAUAUUUCUCUGAUUUUGUAAAUCCUCUUUUUUUUUUUUUUUUUUUGAGAUAUGUACUUGUUACCUAGUGAAGGUGGACAGUUAUUUAAAAACAAUGCAUCUUGUAUGACAUUGAGGGUUGUUUAUCCAUUGUUGUUACUUUAAAAGACUGAAAGUCCUCACAGGUAAUAAGGUGCAUACAUCAAUAUGAAAAUAUUGAAGUAUUUAUGAUGGCAAAUGAAUGAGUGUUUACAAAAAUUUGAGUAAAAAUUGACGUAGAUGAAAUACAGCACAAUCGAUACAUAAUUUAACACUACGAGAGUUCAAUAGAUGGAAUAUAAAGAUCUAUAAUUGACUUUAGAUAGCAUGUUUGUGACUAUUGGACUUAAUUAUGAAAUUCUAUUAAGAAUUUAAGAGUAUUUAUAUAUUUUAUAACAUAAACUUAUGAUAUUGGUUAUGUCUGGAUAUCAAUUCUAGUCUUCAAUAAAGUCUAUUGGUAAUUGUUGUCAAUAUGAUGUUUUAUAGUUGAUGAAAUAUUCUGUGUCUUGAUUCCGCAAAAUGAUUUUGGUGACUAUGAACAUCUGUGCUGAAAUAGGACAGAAUGAACAUCAGAAUUAAUAGGAUGAUAGAACAUUUACAAUAAUUUUGAAAAUUAUUCAAUUAACUCUGUAAAAAGGUUCAGAGUAUGGUUCUAUUAAACUUAUUUCUUUAAUCUUUGAAAACUCAAAAGUGUCCAUUUUGAAAAUUAAUUCACUGGUUAACAGUGAAAAAGCAUUUUCAUCAUCAAAUUUUCUGUAAAUUGAUGUUAGUUAUAAUGAAGUUCCUUAGUAUUUGCAACUAAAUUACUUUUUU